AUAAGUGAUCACACGACACUCCAUUUUGCUGAAGAAGAGCAUGCGAGUUCUUCUGGGUAUUUCUCCACUUCUCAGCCGAUCUUCAUUUUUGUUCACCAGAUUGAGAUUUCCCUCUACAAAUUUUGUUUACUGCCCUAAUUUCCCCCUUGGAAUAAGCUCCCGUGAUCUUCCUUCUCUUCGGACCUUUGCAACAAUGGCUGGUACUGAAGAAUUCGUCAAGGGAGCUGUCCUGCCCAAUGGUGUCGCCGUUAUUACUCUCGAUCGUCCUAAGGCUCUCAACGCAAUGAACAUCGAUAUGGACAUCAAGUAUAAGAGUUUUCUUGAUGAAUGGGAAGCAGACCCAAAGGUGAAAUGUGUUCUAGUUGAAAGCAGCUCUCCUCGAGCUUUUUCAGCAGGGAUGGAUAUAAAAGGGGUUGCUGCUGAGAUUAAGAAGGACAAGUCAACUCCUCUAGUGCAGAAGGUUUUCACAGCAGAAUACUCUUUAAUAUGUAAAAUCUCUGAGUACAAAAAGCCAUAUAUAAGCUUCAUGGAUGGAAUAACAAUGGGCUUCGGAAUUGGGCUAUCUGGUCAUGGUCGGUACCGGCUAAUAACUGAGAGGACUGUCCUUGCAAUGCCAGAAAACGGGAUUGGCUUGUUUCCAGAUGUUGGCUUUGCUUACAUAGCAGCAAAAACUCCAGGGGAUGGAUCUAUUGGUGCUUAUCUUGGGUUGACUGGGAGACGAAUUUCUACACCUGCUGAUGCCCUAUAUGUGGGUCUUGGCACACAUUAUAUACCGUCUGGGAAUUUGGCAUCAGUGAAGGAGUCUCUCCUGGCAGCUACAUUUUCCGAAGAUCCCCAUCAGGAUGUCGCAGCCAUUUUGACCAAGUAUAGCAAUGACCCUGAUUCAGAGACCCAAUUGAAGGCACUUUUACCUCAGAUAACCUCAUCCUUUGCUGGAAAUAGAUCUGUUAAUGAGAUUGUAGAAGAUCUGAAGAGACAUCAGCAAAGUGGUGAUACCGCAAUCUCAGAAUUUGCAAAGGACGCUCUUAGUGGUCUUUCCAAAGCGGCUCCAUUUUCUCUUUCCCUGACACAGAAACAUUUCUCUAAAGUCGCAUCUGCUCAUGGAAAGAAUGAAAAUGAGCUAUCAAGUUUAAGGGGUGUCAUGAAAACAGAGUACCGGAUCGCAGUAAAGUCAUCUCUUCGAAGUGAUUUUUCUGAAGGUGUUAGGGCUGUGUUGGUGGACAAGGAUCAGAACCCCAAGUGGAAUCCACCAAACCUAGAUGAAGUCCAAGCAGCUGAAGUUGAUGCAGUCUUUGAGCCAUUGGGUUCAGAAGCCGAGGAACUCAAAGUUUGAGAUAGUUGUAUUUCCAUCUUAUCUUGCUAUGGCUUCUAUCGUAAUUUCUUCCACCUUAUAAGAUAUGUAAACUCGUGCCACUAGUCAUUAAUGGCAGCAACACAUGAACAUAGACCUUGAAAAUGUCGAAUAAUUACCUCUAGGCUCUAGCCAGUAAUAAAAGUGGUGGUAGAGCUAGUUUUGGUUUGGUCGUUUUGCACUCCACACAUGCUUAUUCGGAUUUUUGUGUAUUUGGAAGUAACAAAAUAUUAGUUAAAUUGAAUGUGGUGAAAUUUAUUGAAAA